GUUUGUGCAGUUGACUGAGGUUUUUCUACGUUCAGUGUCAUUAUGUGUCUCGAUUUUGUCGAAUGGUUAUAUCCUCGUCAACGAUGGAUUCGGAAUUACGCGUCUGUAGGUAUGGGUGAAGUGACAAAAUCACACUUUGACGGAUAUCUGUAGUAACCGAUAAUGUACAAAAUAUCGUUGAAUUCUGAGAAUGCCCGCUAUCUUAGCCUUCUUAAGUCUGUUGAAUUCUUAAAGAAUGCCCAGAAGCAAGGUUUCAAGAGUUGUUUAACACAAAGCUCUAAGUUUUAUAAAUCAAAUAAUCAAAGUUGUGUCUCUUACAAAUCAAUAGCUCACUAUUUAUACUAAUAAGAAAAGACAUAAAUCCUUAAGGAUUAUGAUCUAACAUUCUAUCCUAAAGUCUUUAAUCAUUAUCUUUCUAAUUAUUAAGAAUACUUAUGUUUAUCUAGAACAAGAAUAAAAAGGAAACUAAAAACCAAAGCCCAUAGAAAUAAGAUGCUAAGCUGCAUCACACUUUCACGCAGAUCAACAAUAGAAUGUUGUGAAACAGAUGCUGGAUUUUAUAAGAUUGUGGUCUGUAAGAUUGAAGUAGGAUUUUGCCUACUCCUCCCAUACCAUACAUUCCCUUAGUCCUGAAUCCAUCUCUGAUGGGUAACUACUGGAAUUCCAAGGCUGAGAAAGCUCUCUGCACUUUGUUUGUUACCUUCACUAAGCUUCAGCUAACUCAUACGUGAGCUCUGAAUUGGUAUGUUUAUCUUUCUGUGACUCUUCUGUAACACAUUUUCUGGAUUAUUAUGUGAGCUGGAUAUUAUUUGAAUGCUUAUCUACAGGGAAAUGAUUUUCAUGGGAGUUGUUACUUUUCUAGUGAAAAUAGUUUUGAAAUUCGUAAUGGAUAGUGAAACUGUAGAAUUAAUGGAAUGAAGGAACAAUAGAUAUAUUUGAUUGUGGAUCAAUUGGUAGACGUUCCAGCAUCAGGAGUUGUAAAAUAUAUUCAAGAGGUAUUUAUUAGAGAGAGAGCUUCACAACUCCCGAUCAUGGAAAUGGCAGACUUCCCAAAUUUUGAUCCCGCGGAUAAGGCUAGCUGGUUCAACUAUGAGUGGUUUUGUGACGAGUGUCCUUGAUCAGGCGUUUACCCAUCUGUGUAGCUGCUUUGGCGUUGAAGUCAAUUAUGUUUGGAACCAUGAGAAGAAUCUGGCGGCUCUAGAGGACACCAUGAAGGUACUCAGAGCAAGGCGAGCUGAUGUGUUGACAACGGUGCAGAGGCAAGAAAGCGAGGGUCUUCAAAGGCUUAACGAAGUUGAGGUAUGGCUUACGAGUGUCGAGAAUAUCCAAAAUCAAGUCUAUGAUUUGCUUCUUACCCGUAGAGAUGAACUUGAAAAGUUGUGUAUUUGUGGUCUUUGUACAAAAAAAUUGAGCUCAAGUCAUAGCUACGGGAAAAGGGUUUUCGAGAUGCUGAAAAAAGUUGAAGUUUUAGAAUCUAAAGGAGUGUUUGAAGCGAUAGCUGUGGCAGUGGAGAGGCCUUUACCAAAGACGAUUGUUGGUCAAGAAAAAAUGCUCAAAAGGGCAAUGGAGCACCUCAUGGAUCAUGAGACUGGGAUUAUGGGUCUCUAUGGUAUGGGUGGAGUAGGAAAAACAACUCUUCUCGAACAGAUCAACAAUAAAUUUAUUGAGCACACAGUUGACGGGGUCGAAAUUGUCAUAUUUGUUGUGGUGUCCAGCGAGCUACGGGUUGAGAUGAUUCAAGAUGCGAUUGCUGAGAAACUAGGAUUUCUUAGAGAGGAUUGGAAACAAAAAGAGAAGAGCCAGAAGGUCGCUGAUUUGUACGCUCGUAUGAAGACAAUGAAAUUUGUCUUGUUAUUGGAUGACAUUUGGAAAGAAGUGGAUUUAAAAGAAAUCGGAGUCCCAUUUCCGACUAGGGAAAAUGGAUGCAAAGUAGUGUUCACUACUCGUUCUAGGGAAGUAUGUGGCCAAAUGAGGGUUGAUGAUCCAAUGGAAGUUAAGUGUUUGGAGUCCAACGAAGCUUGGGAUUUAUUCCGUAGUAAUGUUGGGAAAAUCACAUUAGAAAGCCACCCAGAUAUUCUUGAGCUAUUCAAGAGUUAUCUAUUCGAAUCCUUGAGGAGGAAUCAAUAUUGACUCUUCCAGAUAUGGCGGUUCUCAGUAAGCUCGAAAUGGAGCAUAGUAGAAUGGUGGAGAUAAAUGUCAAGAGGAGUACACCAUCAUUGAACAAAAGUCCAACAAAUGUAAGCUUCCCAAACCUCUCUACAGUGCAUGUAGUUAGAUGCCAUGGUCUAAAGGACUUGACAUGGCUUUUGUUCGCACCAAACUUAAAAGUUCUUACCGUUGGUAGUUCAACUCAAGUAGAGGAUACAAUCAACAAAGAAAAAGCUGCGAAUAUUCUCACAGAGAAUGAGGCAGUUACCAUCAUUCCUUUUCAGAAACUAGAGCGUAUGAUUUGCCAGAGCUGAAGAGCAUCUAUUGGGGUCCUCUCCCUUUCCCACGUUUGAAGAAAUUCAGGAUAGAUAGGUGUCCAAAUCUGAGAAAGCUUCCAUUUGAUUCUAAAAGUUGCAGCAGCGCGGGUGAAGAGCUUGUCAUCCACAGUGGAGAACGGGACUGGAUAGAUAAGGUUGAGUGGGAGGACGAAGAGACUAAAGAGCGUUUCCCACGUUCCAUCGGUCCUUCCGAAACUGAAACAGUUCUCGAAAUUCUGAUGGAACUCUCUUCUACUUUUGCAUCCACUUGAAAUUGUGUCUACUGCUUGCGUCCACUCUCAAAAAAGUUGGUGUUUCUAAUCAAUUUAUUUUCUAUAUGUUCAUGUAUAUUCUGUGUUUACUGUUUGUUUGGUGUGAAUAUCAUUACUCUCAAGAAACUUUACAUAAAAGUUAUACAGUUCCGUUUUGUAA